UACUACCCAGCAAGUAAAGGUGCCUCGUCUCCAGACAUGGAGCCCAGCUAUGGGGGAGGUCUCUUUGACAUGGUGAAAGGAGGUGCAGGGAGGCUCUUUAGUAACCUAAAGGACAACUUGAAAGACACCCUCAAAGACACGUCUUCCAGAGUUAUACAAUCUGUUACCAGCUACACAAAGGGAGAUUUAGACUUCACUUAUGUUACCUCCAGAAUUAUUGUGAUGUCCUUUCCUCUGGACAGUGUUGACAUAGGAUUCAGAAAUCAGGUUGAUGACAUUCGAAGCUUUUUGGAUUCCAGACAUCUUGACCACUACACGGUGUACAAUCUGUCGCCCAAGUCUUAUAGAACUGCCAAGUUUCAUAGCAGGGUCUCAGAAUGCAGUUGGCCCAUCAGGCAGGCCCCCAGUCUGCACAACCUCUUUGCUGUGUGUCGGAAUAUGUAUAACUGGCUACUACAGAACCCCAAAAACGUCUGUGUUGUCCAUUGCUUGGAUGGACGGGCCGCAUCAUCAAUCCUGGUUGGCGCUAUGUUCAUUUUCUGUAAUCUCUACUCUACUCCUGGCCCAGCCGUUCGGUUACUCUACGCAAAGCGACCAGGAAUCGGACUUUCGCCAUCCCACAGGAGGUACCUGGGCUACAUGUGUGACCUCCUAGCAGACAAACCCUACUGCCCUCACUUCAAGCCUCUCACCAUUAAGUCGAUCACUGUCAGUCCAGUUCCUUUUUUCAACAAACAGAGAAAUGGAUGUCGCCCUUACUGUGAUGUACUGAUUGGAGAAACCAAAAUAUAUACAACUUGUGCAGAUUUUGAACGGAUGAAAGAAUACCGUGUCCAAGAUGGAAAAAUCUUCAUUCCCUUGAGCAUCACUGUGCAAGGAGAUGUGGUUGUUUCCAUGUAUCACUUGAGGUCAACCAUUGGAAGCCGGCUACAGGCUAAG